AUGAUUCUAGACAACCGCUCCAAAAGCAACUUGGAGCCAAACUCAGUGAAUGCAAUGGCGGACCUCCUGCAACAAUUUAAAGCCUCAAAGUCAAAGAAUUUGAAGCUGUCGCUGGAGAACCAAGCUCUCAAGCAGGUACAGAUACGACUAAAGUCCAAGCUGAAGAAAAAGGACAGCAUGUUGAUAAUGAAGGAGGAUGUCGGCAGGGAAAGAGAUAAAGUAAUCGCUUCUUUACAAACUGAAAAGGUUGCGCUGGUCAAUAAGAAUGAUGAGCUCACGGCAAAACUGAAGACCGCACAGAAUCAGAUCCGCGAUUGCAAGACUGCCUGUAACCUCAGAGUCGACUACCUUGAGGGUCUGAUAUGGAAGGGUCAGUCGGAGAAUUCCAUCUGCUUUAAAAGAACCAAGGAGCUGGAGAGCCUGGUUGAAGCCAAAGAGAAGAAGUGGCUCAACGUGCAGGAGGACUUGCAAAAUAAUGUUGAGCUCACGGAAAAACUGAGGGCCAUGCAGACUCAGAUUCAUCAGCUUGAGUCUGACACAGUCCUUAAAGUCAACACUCUGGAGGAUCAGCUCAGGAGUGAGCAGGUGGAGAAAGAGACCUGCCUUCAAAAGAUCAAAGAGCUGAACAGGUCGGUUGAAACCACAGAGAAAAAGUGGCUCAACGUGCAGGAGGACUUGCAAAAGAAUGUUGAGCUCAGGGCAAAAAUGUGCACCGCACAGACUCUGAUCGACGAUUGCAAGGCUGCCUGUAACCUCAACACCGACUUCAUCAAAGGUCUGGUAUUGCGGGUUUCCGUCUGCUCUGAAAGAGUCAAGGAGCUUGAGAGUCUGGUUGAAACCUCAGACCUUAAAGUCAACACUCUGGAGGCUCAGCUCAGGAGUGAGCAGGUGGAGAAAGAGACCUGCCUUCAAAGAACCAAGGAGCUGGAGAGUCUGGUUGAAACCACAGUGAAACCACCCAAUGUUCAGAAGAUGGAGGAGGAUAUUAAGUUCCUCAUCGUGAAGUCUAUUAAGCUUCAGGAGCUGGCUCUCAUGUCAGACAGCGACAAAGCCAAAAGAAGGGAGGAAGAAAGAAAAGUUCAGAAGAAGCAGGAGAAGAUCGAGAAAGAUAAAAGAGAGAUGGAGCUGAAAGACAAGAAGCAUCAGGAGAAGAAGAAGCAGCAGAAGAUUGCAAAAGAAUUAAUAGAGAAGCUGAGAGUGAGAAGAUAAAAGCUGAGCUUCCCU